GUAUACUAAGAACAAAUGGGCCAAAUUGGGCACAUCAUUUGUGAAGAAGCUGAGCAGAAGAUCAGAGAUAUGAAAGUGACAGCUGGACUAUUGGUGUUGCUCCUCACAGUUUGUCACGCUGAAGAACAGCCUUGUGACGGCAGAAAAGAUGGUGUUCAGUGUUACGGAAAGCUGGGAGAGACAAUGUUACUCCGCUUGAUGGACGAUGCCCUUGGAUUAUAUAGAUAUAGCUGGGAGAAUACCACAACUAUACUGAUGACAGGGGGAAUAAUUCGUGAUGUGGAUCUAUUAGAAAAACGAUUUAGCUUCACCCCAGAAGAAGGACUGAUGAAGAUAAAGAAGUUGGAGAGGAGAGAUAGCAGCAAAUAUACUCUCACCAUUUUUAAUGAGGGUGGGAAACUGAUCAUCAGUCGGACUCUACAGUUGUUUGUUGAAGCUGCUGUCACUUCCGUCCAGAUGGCAUCCAAGUGUCUAUCCCAGGGAGAGCAGCAGGUGUCUUGCUCCGCUGAAGGAGGGGACAAUCCUCGGUACGAAUGGACUCUCGCCAAAAAACCACUGCAGGUCGCUGAACUCUCUGGAAGGUUUCAAGCAAACGUCACCCUGAAGCAGCACCAGUCAGGACAGCUGAGAUGCGAUGUGGGAAAUAAUGUCAGUCAUUUCUCGGAAGAAAAGUGGAUAUGGACUUGUGUUUUCAUCAACUGCACCUCAAAUGGGACUCGCAUAUCUGGGUGGUUGCCUGAAACCGAAAGAAGUUUGUGCGAUGAGCACAUCAAAGGAAUGAGUGCCCCUCAAAGUAAGAACUUUCUGCUUAUAAUGGGCGGCGUCCUCUCAGCACUCUUCCUCCUCCUCGUGGUUUCCGUGGCGAUUGUCUUGUCUCUGAAGAAAAAGCGAAGGGACACACGUGAAGUAGAUGAACAGGAUUUGACGUACGCCGACGUCAGGAUCAUGACACAGCCGCAGAAGCAGAUAAAAGCCAGACAAGAGGCGGAGGUGGAGUACGACCAAGUCAAGUUUUCAGAGCGCCCUCGUCCAAGUAUUAAGCUCGGACAGGAUGGAAGUGUUUAUGCCAACAUCAACAGAGGCAGGUGAUUACACCUUCACCUUUACUGAACUCAGGCCCCCCCGAGGCCAAAUUGAAUUGGCGCCCUUAGCACAAUUCUAUUCUAUUGGGGGGGUUUGCAUUAGGGUGGCUCUUAUAAUAACAAAGUCAAUGAUAUUUGGCUAAUUAUGUAGCGGCUGGCUUUGCGGUUUUGUUUAAUGGCUUUGGCUAGGGGGAGGAACAGGGAAGUGACGUUUAGUGAAGUGGCGAGCAUUGCCGGGAAAACAGAGGAGACGCACACUGGUGUUCGUUGUGUGGUUGCGUUGUGCAUUAAAGACAAGACAAACAGAGAAGUUGUGCAAGCCUACAUUCCUGGAAGAUUGCAAUAUUCAGGUCAUGACAUGUAAUCCAAUCCACUUUAUUUACAUAGCACAUUUCAAAAAACAAUAGAAGUUUCACAAAGUGCUGCUAUCCAUACACUUGGGUGAAACGGAAUCCAUCCUAUUUGGUUUGGUUUAGUCUUUAUUUGAAGGGACAAUGCACAGAAACAUUCAGUUCAAAGACAGAUAUGUUCUGUACCAAAUUAUAGCUAAAUAGCUCAUUUCCAUCUGCAGUCCCUGGCUACCUAAAUUAAAGGGAUACAAAAAUCAUGCAAUAAAAUUAUGACAAUAAAAACAUACUAUAGCAUGUUUUUAAAUUAAGAAAAGUCAUAAAAUGCCCUUUCAUGGACACAUACUUAAUAUCAGGGCCGGCCCGUGGCAUAGGCCGUAUAGGCAAAUGCUAAGGGCGCCGUCCAUCAGGGGGCGCCACGCCAGUGCCACAAAUGUUGGAGAGAAGAAAAAAAAACAAGUUGGUACUAUUAUUUCUAAAUACAAAAAAUAAUCCCACGUUAAUUAAAAUGCAAAGUAAAGCUUAUUUAAUAAAAAUAUUAUUUGUUACAACAUUACGCCCCCCCCUCCCCACCCCUUUCCCCCGUACGGUGCACCCCCUCCCUUCCCGUAUCAUGACUCUUACCACAUCAAAAAAUCAACACAAGAUGUCAAAACGGCCAAAACUGUCAGGUGCCCAGGGAAGAAAAAAGAGAAAAGAAGAGGAGAAACGAGAAAAAGCCAGAGGUAGCAGGUAUGUAACGUUAGCCUACAUGAAAUUAUUUGUCUGUUACAGAAUGUGAUAGUAACCUGGCUUUUUAGCAUUAAGCUAAUGUUACAUAAUUCGGCAAUUGCUAAUCAAUAAAUAGCUAGUUCUGUUUUAACGUCGGGUUAAUAUUGUGGAGGGGGCUAAAUUGUUACCGAAAAUGAUAAUGUAACGUUAGGUAAUUACAGUACUCCCACCUUACAUUCCUCAGGGACAUUUGUAUUAGAUCUUUUAAGCAGGUGUUUUUUGUUUACAUUGUUAUUGCCUUCUGGUUAGCUAAUGUUUGCCCUGCAGGUAAUAGUCACUUUUCCACCCCUUUAUAUAUUAGGUAUAGUUGUAAGCCUAGUUGUUAAAGUGCACAUCAUUAAUGUUAAUUACGCAAUAUCACAUGAGAGGGAAUGCUGUUUUUUAAUUUGAGCACUGCUGUGAUUCGGUUAAAGAUAAUCAUAACAUAACAUUCUCAUAUAAUAUGUUAAUUUGCUUUCUUUAAGUAAAAAAAAAGGUCAAAGACAAAGCUAUUCGGUUUCUUGUGAGUAUAUACACUUCACUGCCGAUGUGGGGGGUGGGGGGGGGGGGUGUAAAAUCUUGCCUAGGGCGCCAGAUUGGUUAGGGCCAGGCCUGCUUAAUAUACAAUACAAGCACACCUCAUUUACAUCAUCACACAAAGACAAUACAUGCUUUUGUUCACAUCUGUCAUCAUUUGUAAAAACAACCAUGAUUUUAACACACACACCUCACAAUUUACAAUAAAAAUGCUCUCAUGGAUAAAUAUAAUACACAUUAGGUUGAUGUGUCAAACAUAGUGGCCACCUUAGUGACCGUGUGAGCAGCUUUGAUUGCUCCAAAGCCGCUUUUUAACUUCAAUUGUGAAUGAAGAGUCAUCUGUUAGACUUUUCAAGUUUGUUGUGAGGUCCUUCCAUUCCUUUAUGGCUUUAUAUGAAAAGGCUGAUUGUGCAAAAGAGGUUUUACAUCUGGGUACGCUACACUGCCCCCUGGUGGAGGCUCGUGUGUUUCUAGUUGUCACAGCAGAUGUAAACUGGACAAAGUGCUUAAGUGGCGCUGGUGCGGUGUUACUUAGGAUUCGAUGGGCCAUUCGUAUUGAUGCUAAUCUUUGAAUGUUAGCUAAAUUUAACAAUCUAUAUUUUUGGAGAACUAAACAGUGAUGGUGGUGUUGUGGUUUUCGGUCAAGGAUUUUGAGGGAUUGUUUGUGCAAAGUUUCCAAUGGCCUCAGUGUCAUUUUGCUUGCCUGCGACCAACAUGUUAUACAAUAAUAAAAACGAGACAUAAUCAUUGUAUUAAAAUAAGUUUGAGCUGCCUCCAGUGUUAAUGAAUUCCUGAUACAUUUGAACCUUUUUAUGUUGUAUUUAAGACUCUGGCACAUCUGUUUGAUAUGUUUUUUAAAGCCAAGUGUUGGCUCUAAAAUGACACCCAGGUAACGAUAUUCACUAACAUUUUGUAUUAUUUCCUUAUUAACCGUUAUAUUUGGAAAGGAUGACAUUUUAUAUUUGUUUACAAAAUACAUUGUUGCAGUUUUCUUAAUGUUUAAUGUAAGACAAGAGUCAUGUAGCCAUCUUGCCACCUUCUCCAUAGCUGCUGGAAGUUUUCUGGCAACCGUUUCAGCGUCCUUUCCCCAAGUAUAAAUAACGUGUCAUCUGCAUACAUCUGGAGAUUUACAUCCAUUUGGGUCCCACAUCAACCUUAAGAAAGUCAGUGACUUUACUAUAAAAGUGGGUGACAUUGUUAUCACCAGGAAAGAUGAGGUCACCUACCUAGGUUCCAUUCUAGAGGCUAACCUUUCCUGUGAUAAAAUGGCAACCAAGGUAAUCAAAAAGGUCAACCAAUGAAUGAGAUUUCUCUAUAGAAUCUCCUCUCUGGUCAACAAAAGCACCACAAGGAUUCUAGCGGGAACUCUCGUUCAACACUUUUUCGAUUACGCAUGCACCUCCUGGUACCCUAGCACCUCCAAAACCCUCAAAUCUAGACUCCAAACAUCCCAGAACAAGCUAGUCAGGUAACUUCUAGACCUCCACCCCAGAUCCCACCUCACUCCUACCCACUUCUCCAAAGUGGGCUGGCUCAAGGUGGAGGACAGAGUUAAACAACUUGCACUGAGCCUAGUCUAUAAAAUCCGCUACACCUCCCUGAUACCGAAGUACAUGUCAAACUACUUCCUUAACGUAAAUGACCACCAUAACCACAAC